GAAAAGGAGUUGAUUUGUACACGGAAGCAGAACAGAGAUCCUGAUGACAAAUCCUCCAACCUGUCGGGUUGUAUUGACAACGCAGAUUCAGCCGUCAGCUCAAAGAGGAGACCCGCUCUUAAAUAUAUCUUUGUGUGUUUUCAUCGCUGUGUCGACAAAAUGAGGACGUGUUUUCUGAUACUGUCGUUAUUUGUGUGUGGCUGUGUAGUCAGAGGUAAUGUGCAGGAAUCAACCCCUAGUAUACAAGCUCAUGCUACAGAGGCAAAUGUCCAAGAGUCUGCAGAUAAAAUUAUUCAGGGAAUGACAACAGGAGAUAAAGAUCAAAAACAGACCACAAAAAAUCAUAAGACGACCAGGGCAGAGGAUGCCAAAAUCAAGACUACAGAUGUGGAGGGCCCCAAGAAGGCCACGACAGUGGCCCCAGAUGCCAUGAAGGCCACGACAGUAGCCCCGGGUGCCAUGAAGGCCACGACAGUGGCACAGGACUCCAUCAAGUCCACGACAGUGGCACAGAACUCCAUCAAGUCCACGACAGUGGCACAGAACUCCAUCAAGUCCACGACAGAGGCACAGAAUGCCUUGAAGUUCACAACAGAGGCACAGGAUAUAAAGAAAGACUCAGAGGAGACAAAGGAGAAGGAGACAGAUGGAGAGGAGGCUGUGAAGGAAAAGGCGACAGAAAAAGGGGACCCCAAUGAUCUCACAUCAGAAAUGGAGGAAAAGGAAGAAGACAAGGCUGCCUCAGAUAAAACUGAAGACAUAAAAGAAUCAAGUAAUAGAAAAACAGGAGACAGAUCUCAGUUCAUCCCAACUGGUAUCAGGGAUGAGGCAGAAAGCAGCCAUUUCUUUGCCUACCUUGUUACUACAGCUGUGUUGGUGGCUGUACUUUACAUCACUUACCACAACAAGAGAAAGAUACUUGCCUUUGUCUUGGAGGGAAAGAGAUCCAGAUCAGCACGUCGACCUAAAUCCUGUGACUACCAGAAGCUCGAACAACAGAAUUGAUCUCGAGUUAUUCUCUUGAAGCCAUCGCUUCGUGCGGGUGAAGACACCGGGGCCAUGUCAGAAGUGGGUGAAUGGAUGCUGGCUGUAGAUCUGUUCCUGGUGUAGAUUGUGUUGAUUUCACCUUUUGUUAAUUGGAAUUUAUUACCUUUAGAUGAUUAUUUUAUGACUAUGCAGAUGACACCAUUGCCUUAUUGAGGGGUUAAGCAAAAUGAAGUGGGGGUAUUAUUAGCAUGCUGAUUUUGCACUAGUGUCUUUUCCACUUUGAAGGCAAUCUUGACCUGGUUAAGGUUCUGACUCAGGAUAUUUCAGUAGCAGAUGAGAAUAUUAGCUUUGUUGACUCCAGACUUGUUUGUACAGUACAUCAGUGAGUACACGGUGUACCUAAAAAAAAAAAAAGCCAUCUGAAUCCUUGUACAAUACUGACAGUGUAUAAUUUCUUCCAGGUUGUUUCAAAUGUCUUUGAUAACAUGUAUAUAGAGUCCUUUUAGGUGGUUGGAAGCAUCGCAGGAGGAUUUCUGCUUCUCUUCCUAACCAUAUGGUGUUGGCGAAAUGAAUGUAAAAAAAGACCUUUAAUUUCCAAAUAACAGGUUAGCACAGUGCUAACCAGCUUUGACUUAUUAUAUGAUAUGACAUUAUGGCUGUGCUUGAAGCAGUAGUUUGACAUUUAGAGAAAUAUUCUUUCAUGUGGAGUUGGAUGAGAAGCUCAGUAUCAUUACUAUAUCUUGCUUGUAAAUACAAAAUAAAUGCGACAGGCAGCUGUUAGUUAAUGUAGCCUAGCAUAGCUUCUGGUAAUAGUUACACUGCUAGCCUGACUGUAUUUCCAAAGGUAACAAAAACUGGCUUCCAUCAGCUUUAAAGUGUACACAUUGUGUUUCUUAACUCCAAACACUUAACAGGACAUGUAGGGGUUUAAACGUUUUUGACUAUUUCUAUGAAAAAAGCAUUUAGCUCAACUAAAAUGAUGACUCUAGCUCCAUAUUUAGCAUCCAGGACUGAUUAUCUUCUCAUCCAAAAGCAACUUUUCUAACCACAAACCUGUUGAAGAAGUCUUUUAAAAGAACAUCUGAAUGACUUUUGAACUGAUGUCUGAGUGUUGGGUACACAUGUAAAGCCUCUUUAUUUAGCCACACUGAAAGUAAAUGUUAAACUAUCCGUGUGCUGAGAUUAAAAUCAUGGAUCUGCCUGUACAUAUCUGUAACCUGUCGGUCUGGUUAAUGUGCGACUGCCCAACACCUGUGUAACUGGUUAUUCCUGUUAGAUGAACAUUUUCUACCUGUGCCACUUGUAGCUUUGACUCUCUGAUCAGUAAUGUUCACGUUUAAGUCUAAAAACUGUUUUGUUGUAGGCCACUGGCCCUCAGCUGCAUUGACUGAUGGGAAUGAACUAUCAGGUUAAAUGUCUUUCUGUGGAUAGAGUAGAUGUGUGUGUUAUCUUUAGAAACAACAGAUAACUUGUGCCAAUGUGUGAACAUUUGAACUGUGAUUUUAUGUGUGAUUCUUUUGUGCCUGUUUGCUUAAUUAAGACUAUGUUCAAAUCUACAGUCAUAAUAUAUCAAGAGACCUUUCAGUAAAAAGGGAAGGAAGAUUAAAUCAGUAGUUUGUUUCUUGGCAGUGUUCAAAUUGUGUUCCGUCUUUGUGUUUUUAUUGUGAAAUCUAAAAAAAAUAUAUAUAAAGCUUUUUUUAUAUUAAGAUUUGUUUACAACUCAUUGCUAUUUUCAUGAGUGACAGAGCGACAUAAAUAAAUUAAAUGAUCGGUCAUUCUUCUGAACAGUCUGGCUCAAAUUGGCAUGAAAAGAGGCAUGUUUCACUAUUUGUUUAUUUACGUGUGUUAGGAAUGGCUGUCCAUACUGCUGUCCUUGAAAUGGAUUAUUGCACAAAUGUGUGUGCGUUAAAAUGAGGAUUGAUUCAAAAAUAAAAAAGCUUUUUGUACU